UUCCAUACGGGUGCGACAGCAAGCUAACUCCCAGGUGUUCAAUUCAUAUCAGCAGCCAUGGGUAUGUCCAACCACUCCAACCUCAUCAUCUUGAUCUUUCCCUGUCUAGGAGAGAUAUCUGCUUUCUCUCUCCUCUCUCUCGAUUCCUCCCUGAGACUAACUCAUGUUCGAAAUCUUUUAGGUAUCGACCUGGACCGUCACCAUGUGCGCAGCAGCCACCGCAAGGCGCCCAAGAGCGAGAACGUUUACUUGCAGGUGCUCGUGAAGUUGUACCGCUUCCUGGCUCGCCGCACGGAGUCCAACUUCAACAAGGCCGUUCUCCGCCGCCUCUUCAUGUCGCGCAUCAACCGCCCCCCGGUUUCGCUCUCCCGCAUCGCCUCGAACAUCAACGAGUCGCAGAAGGGCAAGACCGUGGUCGUUAUCGGCACCAUCACCGAUGACAACCGCCUCCUGAACGUUCCCAAGUUGUCCGUCGCUGCUCUGCGCUUCACCGCCACUGCCCGUGCCCGCAUCGAGAAGGCUGGUGGUGAGACCCUCACCCUGGAUCAGCUUGCUCUGCGUGCCCCUACCGGUGCCAACACCCUGCUCCUCCGUGGCCCCAAGAACGCCCGUGAGGCCGUGAAGCACUUCGGCUUCGGUCCCCACUCUCACAAGAAGCCCUACGUUGCCAGCAAGGGUCGGAAGUUCGAGCGUGCCCGUGGUCGCAGACGCUCCAAGGGUUUCAAGGUCUAAAAGGACUUUGUGUGAUGAUUGUGGGACGGACAUGAACCCAUCGGUGCAAGGACGCAUAUUCCUGGUCGCACUGAAUCCUCGGGUGUUUAUCUCUCCGAGUCUAACUGGAGACCUCUAUUCGAUGUACCUAAAGUGGCGAGAUGUCUUUGGUUGGAUUGAGGGAUCAGAGUGUGUGGAUGGAAGAGGGCAAAAGAAAAAUGCAUCC